GGUGACUUGAAACGUGUUCAAGGUCGUACGCUGAACAUCCUUGUUGACUUCGUGUUUCAACGGCACAAGUUUUAAUGAAUUCAGUUUGAUGCCUCCACUCCGAUGACUUAUGCCCCUAUACGUAUCUGAUAUUAACCACCAAACUGUUAUUUGUUAUUUAAAGAUUGUUCCUACCGAAUUUCACACGUUUUAGGGGUAAUUUGUCUUUUCCAUUCAUGAAUUGAUCCACUUGUCUCCAAUAUUUUAUGUGAUUUGUGCAUCCACUUCUCUCUGAUAAGUAAUAUAUCUAUUCCGAGAUGCCGAUUGGUAGUUGCCGAUUCGAUGUGUGACGAUAUCGUCACCGUUGCAAUCAUUGGAAACUUCGGAAUUACUUAGCUUUUUGGUGUUUCGGUUUGGGUAAUAAUUUCUCAUAUGUUAUUAUGCUAAGUGCAGCUGUGGAUAUUAUACAAAAAAAAGAUUCACAGAUCGAAUUCACUACGAACGUCAGUACAUAUCACAUAAACUGUACAAAGAUUGGGACGGGAAGUGUCCUGUUGGCAGAUAUACUUCCGAGUAUGAUUUUCAAGUUUAUUUCUCCAAUAUUCAUACAAAAACUUCAUUUCCACUUUAAAAUUUUAUGCGCUGUCCUACUGGCGAUUAAUAGUUUUCUGAUGGUUUCAUUUUCUCAGUCUUUCUCUACGAGUCUUUUUGGGAUUGUGUCGGCAAGUUUAUCUUCAGGAAUCGGAGAUGUUACUUUCUUAAGCAUGGUAGCUUUCUUUAACAAAUCUUGUAUUUCGGCUUGGGCAUGUGGAACUGGUGCAGCCGGUCUGAUUGGUUCACUUUAUUAUGUUAGUUUGACAUCAAUAACUACACCGGAAAUUACAUUAUGUAUUGUCAUUGUGGUUCCAUGUACUACAUUGUUAGUGUAUUUCUUCGUUCUAGACAGACCUCAUCAUGAAAAAUUUCGACUGUGUUUCAACCCUAUCGUUUCAUCGGACAAUUCCACGAUGUCAACAGAGAGGAUAAAUGCAUUGGUAACCAGUGAAGAGCCAGAGCACACUGAGAUUGUUGAUGACAAUGAUGUAAUAACUGAUUCCGAUGGGUAUAUUCAACUGAGAAAUGAAGAUGAUAUGGUUUAUCAUGACAAUUCACAAGUUUCCAACUAUUCAUCUCUACCUGUUCUACAUCAACAACAGCCUACAUGGAAAAUAAAACUACAGCUGUUGAAGGGAAUGAUUAGUUCAUUAUUUUGUCUAGUUUCAGUUUAUUUCUUCGAAUAUUUAAUUAAUCAGUCAUUGUUUGAAUUACUUUACUUUCAAAAUACACGUUUAACUGCUCCAGAACAAUAUAGAUGGUAUCAAGUACUUUAUCAAAUUGGUGUAUUUUUAUCAAGGUCGUCAGUCAGUUUUAUUCAAUUUAAGACUACUUGGAUUAUGUCAUUGCUACAAGCUAUGAAUUUUGUAAUUUGUUUAUUACAAGUGAUCUAUUCUUAUAUACCAUAUAUAUGGAUAAUGUUCAUUGUGAUAUUUUAUGAAGGAUGCCUGGGUGGUUUAACUUAUGUUAACACAUUUUAUAAUAUUCUUCAAGAAACUUCUCCGAUCUAUCGUGAAUCUGCAAUGGCAAUGGCAACUGUAUCUGAUUCAAUUGGCGUAGCUGGAGCUGGAUUCCUAUCCAUAUAUUUACAUAAUUGGUUAUAUAUUGGUACAAGGAGGCAGCAAAUACAUAUGCGCCACACAAAUCUCAUUUAAUAUGUGUGAGAGCUGUGAUACUGCCUGGGUGCCCAAACCGAAGCAGGUGGUUUUCUUGGGGGCCACAUCUGGAGACUUCGACCUACAGGUCUGAUCCAUAAGGCAGUGGAGCAACUACAAGAGAUGCAGUCCCAUGGUAGCCGGUGACCAAUAGUUGGUUUAUACGCCAUUUGUUCCCUCAGAGUACUGGAGCCCAUGUGCAUCAUUGGUUUGGAACCAGAGUUUUCCAACUCCCCUACGUGGACUCUCCAUGUUCACCAACCCGGUCAAAGCGCCGUACACUCGUCUUCUCAAUUUCGUAAACAACAGAAAUGCCACGAGAAGGCAGUGAGUAGGACUUCCCUGGCAGAGGCUAUAUACGCGUGGUCAUUUGACAGUAUUUCGACAGGGAGAGCGGACUCUCCCUACUCUCGACCGUACCAGGGCAUCAUAAUCCUUAUUCUUCAAAUGGUUUAUAAUCCUCAUUUGCUCCUAGUUGUUAGGCGGACACUGUCGGAUCACUUUAACAUUGCUCAAAUAUUGUCUAUAAAUUAUCGUCUCAUCAUCUAUGAAUCAAUAUAAAGCAUUCAGUAAAUCCUUAUUUAUUUUAAUUCAUUUUAUCCUUAAAUUAUUACUUUAUGAUUCUCAUUUGUAAAUAAUUUAACUAUAUUAACAUCUGUAUAUAAAGUGGUUUAUUGAAUUCAAUGAAUGAAUUCCAGAUAACAUGAACAUAUGUGUCCUGAAUUUCGACAAUCAACACUAUUAUUAUGUAAUCAUUAUAUUAUAUCAUUUUAACUGAUAUUCGUUAUCCAAGUUAAACAAAUCAACAACAGACAAUGUAGUUAAGAUACAUAGUGUCAUGAUUGC